AUUCACCCUACAUCACUCCUUUGUUUCUUGUGAGCCAGGCUUUUGGGCUCUAAGUAGGCUCUUAUUGCAAUUCUACGAUCCAAACGCGUUCUCUUGACCGUUCAAAGUGGCUACCGUCAACAGCCCUGUACAACACGAUCUUUAAAUUCCGCGGCCAGCGGCCACCGCUGUCUGUACCCUGAACCCGCCGCAGGAUGUCGUCAGACUACACCUAUGAUGAGCAGGGACAAUUCUUCCCCUUCUUCAUCCUCACCUUGACCGGCCUGGUCACUCUCCCUCUCACCUAUAACCUCCUACGACCUAGCAAAGAGCUUGAGAAUACCGCUCCCCGCAUCAAAUCCGAUUUCAAACCUAAACAUGCGGACCUCAUCGACGCGCAGAAGCGCAAGCGCCUGCGCAAAGAGCGCCGAAUCAAGCGCAUUAUCACGGUCAUCCUCGGAUAUGCCGUAAUGGCAUGGAUGGUCUAUUUAAUUCUCGUCACCGCCAGGACAGUGGUGAAGGCAUACGACCCUUAUGAUAUUUUGGGUGUCUCUAGGAGCGCCGAUGAGAAAGCUAUCUCCAGACAUUACAAGCGCAUGUCUUUGAUCUUCCACCCCGAUAAAAUUCGCCCCGACCCCGCUAAGAAUGAGACUGUCGAGAUGCUCAACGAGCGCUUCGUGGAGCUCACCAAGGCCUAUAAAGCUCUCACUGACGAGGAGGUGCGAAACAACUACCUCCAAUUUGGCCACCCCGACGGCAAGCAGAGCUUUAGCAUCGGUAUUGCCCUUCCCAAGUUCAUUGUUAUGGAUGGCAAUGGCAAAUACGUUUUAAUGGUCUAUGGUGCCCUCUUGGGUGUGCUUCUGCCUUAUAUCGUCGGAAAGUGGUGGUAUGGAUCUCAGCGCUACACAAAGGAGCGUGUUCUUGUUGCCAGUGCCGGAAACAUUUUCCGCGAGUACAAGGACGAUAUUACCGAAGCUGGAAUUGUCAGCGCUUUGUCGUCCGGCGAGGAAUUCAAUGAUAUGCUCAAGGGUACUCGGGCCGAGUCUGGCCUGGCCAAGCUCGAGAAGCGCGUGUUGGCAGAUGAUAACUUGUUCCUUACGGCCAAGGACCGUGAGGCGCUGAAGCAGUUGGAUAGCUCCUCUCGUCGAAAGGCUUUGGCUUUGUUAUGGGCUUAUCUUGGCCGAAUUGAUCUUGGUGAUGCCUCUCUGGAUGCUGAAAAAUAUGAAGCGGCCCCAGUCGCCCUUGCUCUCACUGAAGCUUUCACUGCUAUUUCACUUGCAUUUGGUAACCUCGGACCGAUCGUCGGUGCCUUCAAAACGUCUCAGAACCUGAUUCAGGCCGUGUCCCCGGGCUCAUCACCACUGCUGCAACUUCCCAACUUCACCGAUGCCAUUGUCAAGUCCGUAGAGGGCGAAGACUCCAAGGAACAUCUCACCGUUCAAAGGUACAUGGAACUGCCAGAGGCUCAGCGACGCAGACUUACUGUCGGUGCUGGUCUUCUCUCUGAUAAGCAAUAUACCGACGCCGUGUCCGUUGCCAAGCAACUCCCCAUGCUCCAACCCGAGCGGAUCUUCUUCAAGGUUAUGGGAGAAAAGGUGAUCACACCCAGCAGUCUGGUACAGCUGGUAGUAAAAGCCCGCUUCAUCCCGCCAGGCAGUACAUCCGUGCCGCCAGUGAACCCGCUCGACCUGGAGGACGUUGACCCCGAUGAGGACGAUCUGGAGGCCCUGAUGGGUCGCAAGCCAGCCAAGAACCGCACCACCAAGCUGGUGGAUGGCAAGAAGGUUGAGGCGAAGAUUGAAACCAUCCAGCCGCCGCUGGCCCACGCACCGUACUUAGCACGCGACCACUCCCCUCGCUGGAACAUCUUCCUAGCAGACGGCAAGCAGGGCAAGAUGGCCGUGCCACCGUUCACAUUUACAACAUUCGACAAGCCGAUCUUCGACGAGGCCGGCAAGCCCACCUUCGACGUCCAGACUCUCAAGAUGCAAUUCCAGGCUCCCCCGCAGGUCGGCGACUUCACCUUCAUCCUCCACAUGAUCUGUGACAGCUACCUGGGUCUUGACAACACGGCUCAAAUUACGCUGCACAUUGACGACCCUGCCAAGGCAGUCGCUGUGGAAGAGGAAGACGACAUCAGCGAGCCAGACGAGGACUCAAUCGCCGGCCAAAUGCAGGCGAUCAAGACAGGCCAAGCACCUAAGAAGAAGUCUAAGGAUUCCGACGACUCCAGCGAGAGUGAUACCGACGGCGACGCGGGUGAUACCAGCGACACCGACACAGAGACGGAAGACGAGGAUUGAUUCCCUUUCUCAUGCAUUGAUUGAUCGAUUGUACUCACAGCUUGUGUGAUGUGUAUGUGUGACAUUGGCCUUUGAUCUGAACCCUGGACCUUGGCCUUGCCCAUGUCCCGGGCUUAGGCCUACUAUUGCUACUAAGGCGUUCUCGGUUUUUAUCAAAUUCUUUUAUUCAUCGGGUAGCUAUGGAGUGACUUGGGUAUGGCGAUGUGAUUCAACUUCGCUGUCUACGAACUCAUUACUCUUCUGGGCAAUGAGCUUGUGUAAGUCUAAGUCUUCCCGAUUAUCGCGAUACAGUGAUUAAUCAGCCGGAUUACUUUCAGUUUGGUCUAAAAUAGAGUAGUCAAGUCUGGAUUGAAUAAAUGUAUUACUCUUUUUGAGCCAAUCCUCUCA